AUGGCGGAUAACCAGGUGUGGCUGCAGAACGAGGCUUCGGUGAGGGCGGGGGAGGGGCAACAGCAGCACAUCACCCAACACCAACCCCAAGACCAGCAUCAGCAGCAACGGCAGCAAUAUGACAGGUCAACGAGCGGCGACAGUCGAGCCGGCUUCGAGGAGUACUGGAGGGAAGAGAAAGAGAAGUCAACAACACCCGGCCUCACGCCCGCAGAAACGGCCAAAGAAAAGGCCAAGCUCCGGCGUCAGCAGGUCCGCAAGGCCCAGAUCCAGCACCGCACCCGCAAGGCGAACUACAUCAAGCAGCUCGAGCUCGACGUCUGCAAGUUUCGAAAUAUGAUCGCCGCCGCCGAGAAGGAGGUCCUCGCCUUCCGCCGCGAAAACGAGGGCAUGAGGGGCGCCCUCACCGCGCGCGGGUUCGCGGUACCCCCCGAAGGACCAAAGGGGCAAAGCUACGUCAUCGACGAGGUGCAGAUUCGCGGGUCGCAGGAGCCCGCGGCGGUUCCGGCGGAGAGGGAAGAAGUCUCGAUGGUACCGACGGUGGUCCAACAGCAGCAGCAGCAGCAGCAACAGCAGGAAUUACCUCCCGUCCCGGCACAGCGACAACUUUCCCAACAUUCAGAGGACCAAGCACAGGACUCGGCGGCUGCUGCCCCGGAAGAAUCCCAGGUGGCGACAUAUCAACCUCAGACUCUGGACUACGACCCAUACCCGCCCGUCGACCUCUUCGCCGAUGUCAACAUGGGCGAGGUCACAGUCACGAUGCGCAAGGACGACGCCCUCGGCACACCGUGCUUCCAGAUCUCGUCGCCGUCGGCCGCGGUCGCGUAUACCCAGUCACAGCCGCCGUCACCAGAUCAGUUGUCUGCGGAAGAGGAGAUCAUUGCCAUCAACCUCAUUCUCGCCAUGGAACACAUCUGUUGGAACCACUUCCACCCCCGCCAAUUCCCCACACACGGCGACACCUGCAAAGCCGCCUCAGGCCACACAAUGAUGGCCUCGACCCUCUGCAUGUCCUCCGCCCCGGCCCGCGUCUACCGCACCAUCCGCCGCGGCGAGGCCGAGACCAUAGCGCACACCUGGCAAGCCGACACGGGCGCCGGCUCCUCUCUGUCGCUGAAAUCGUUGCUGGCCCUUGCCAAGACGCUGAACCCGGGCGAUAUCGAGCUCACGCCCGUGCAGGCGUGGUUCGAGCUCGCGGCGCGGUACGGGGCCGCGGCGCUGAUGCGGGGCAAUGUGAUUGAGGCGUUGAAGAGGGAGUUUUGCGGGGUGGUGGAUUGUAUUCACUUUGGGGCGAUUAUUGAGAGGGAUGCGUUUGAGAGUGUUGUUGCGAGGGUUAUGGAGCAGGUUGGGGUUCCGGAGCUGGAGUGGGAGAUGGAUGUUGAUGAGGGGGUUGGGGCGGGAGUGGGAGCUGGGGGUAUGGUGUAUGGUGCGCAGCAGAUUACGGCUUGA